GCCAUUGCAGGAUGGCAUGCCGCUAUAAAUUCAUUGUUCCACCUCCUCGCAUCUUCACAGCGCUCGCGCUGCUCUCUGCGCUCGCAGCGGCGGACUGGGGAUGACGGCGGGCAGGACGACACUGCAUCCGAAGGGACACGGACGCGCCGCUUCACUGGCUCGCUGCAAGCCGCCCCUUGCAUUUUUGUUUUAAUUUUUAAGGCUUUCUUUCCUUCUCUCUCUCUUUCUUCUCUUCCUCCUGGUUUCAUUAGAGUCAAGGAAACCCACAAAAUAAAAAGAAAGUGGGCUCCGGAGCUUGGAAUCCCCGCUGCCAAAGGGUCCCGGGCAGCAAGGGGGCGGGAGACAGCGCGCACUAGUUGCCCGCCUGGUGCGCGGCACCUUCCUUACUCUUCUUGGUGCAGCGAUAGUGGCUGCAUUUGGGAAGGAUUUAGGGGUUUUUCCUGCUUUUCUCGUACUUGCUGAAUCUCCCUAGUCUGGCUUUUCUCUUUUUAAUUUUUUUCCCCUCUUUCCGGAGCACGAAUCCAAACAUUUUCCAAACCAACAAAGAAAAGUUCGCACGCUGGCACCGCGGCCCGGACGGGCUGGCGUUGCUGCUGGGUCCCCCUCCCUCCGACUCUUGACUCAACUUGCAAGCAAGUGUGUGUGUGCCCCCACCUCCCGGCCCGGUAACUUCCACAGCGAAUAACAAAUACCCAUAAAGUCCCCUCCGCGCAGCCCCUCCCCGCGGGCAGCGCACUAUGCUGCUCGGGUGGGCGUCCCUGCUGCUGGGCGCGCUCCGCCUGCCCCUGCUCGCGGCCGGCCCCGCCGCGGCACCUGCCCAGGAUAAAGCCGGGCAGCCCCCGGCUGCUGCAGCGGCCGCCCAGCCCCGCCGGCGGCAGGGGGAGGAGGCGCAGGAGCGGGCCGAGCCUCCCGGCCACCCGCACCCCCUGGCGCCGCAGCGCCGGAGCGGCGGGCUCGUGCAGAACAUCGACCAGAUCUACUCCGGCGGCGGCAAGGUGGGCUACCUCAUCUACGCGGGCGGCCGGAGGUUCCUCCUGGACCUGGAGCGGGAUGGUUCGGUGGGCGCCGCUGGCUUUGUGCCCGCAGGAGGCGGGCCGAACGCGACCCGGCGCCACCGGGGCCACUGUUUCUAUCGGGGUACGGUGGACGGCAGCCCCAGAUCCCUGGCUGUCUUUGACCUCUGCGGUGGUCUGGACGGCUUCUUCGCCGUGAAGCACGCGCGCUACACCCUGAAGCCACUGCUGCGCGGGCCCUGGGCUGAGGCUGAGGCCGGGCGCGUGUAUGGAGAUGGGUCCGCGAGGAUCCUGCACGCCUACACCCGCGAGGGAUUCAGCUUUGAGGCCCUGCCACCGCGCACCAGCUGCGAGACCCCCGCGUCCCCGCCAAGGCCCCGCGAGCGCCAACCGCAGCACAGCAGCCCUGACCGACGCUGGACGAUGGCCCCGCAGUUCCUGGACCAGUCGACUCCCUCGUCGGAUGGGGACCGGGGACCACAGACCUGGUGGCGGCGGCGGCGCCGCUCCAUCUCCCGGGCCCGCCAGGUGGAGCUGCUCCUGGUGGCUGACACGUCCAUGGUGCAGAUGUAUGGCCGGAGCCUGCAGCAUUAUUUGUUGACCCUGGCCUCCAUCGCCAACAGGCUGUACAGCCACGCCAGCAUCGAGAACCAUAUCCGCCUGGUCGUGGUGAAGGUGGUGGUGCUGGGCGACAAGGACAAGAGCCUGGAGGUGAGCAAGAACGCGGCCACCACGCUGAAGAACUUUUGCAAGUGGCAGCACCAGCACAACCAGCUGGGGGAUGACCACGAGGAGCACUAUGAUGCGGCCAUCCUAUUCACUCGCGAGGAUUUAUGUGGGCAUCAUUCAUGCGACACCCUGGGAAUGGCAGACGUUGGGACCAUAUGCUCCCCGGAGCGCAGCUGUGCAGUGAUUGAAGACGAUGGCCUCCACGCAGCUUUCACUGUGGCUCACGAAAUUGGACAUCUGCUUGGCCUCUCCCAUGACGAUUCCAAAUUCUGCGAAGAGAACUUUGGUUCCACAGAAGAUAAGCGCUUGAUGUCUUCCAUCCUAACCAGCAUUGAUGCAUCGAAGCCCUGGUCCAAAUGCGCCUCAGCCACCAUCACAGAAUUCCUGGAUGAUGGCCACGGUAACUGUUUGCUAGACCUGCCUCGCAAGCAGAUCCUGGGCCCUGAGGAACUCCCAGGACAGACCUACGAUGCCACCCAGCAGUGCAACCUGACCUUCGGACCCGAGUACUCCGUGUGUCCUGGCAUGGACGUCUGUGCCCGCCUGUGGUGCGCCGUGGUGCGCCAGGGCCAGAUGGUGUGCCUGACCAAGAAGCUGCCAGCCGUGGAGGGGACGCCAUGUGGGAAAGGGAGGAUUUGCCUGCAGGGGAAGUGCGUGGACAAAACCAAGAAAAAAUACUAUUCAACAUCAAGCCACGGCAACUGGGGGUCCUGGGGGUCCUGGGGCCAGUGUUCUCGCUCAUGUGGAGGAGGAGUACAAUUUGCAUAUCGCCACUGCAAUAACCCAGCACCCAGAAACAGUGGCCGCUACUGCACGGGAAAGAGGGCCAUCUACCGUUCCUGCAGCGUUCUGCCCUGCCCCACUAAUGGUAAAUCUUUUCGUCAUGAGCAGUGUGAGGCCAAAAAUGGAUAUCAGUCUGAUGCAAAAGGAGUCAAAACAUUCGUGGAAUGGGUUCCCAAAUAUACCGGCGUCCUCCCAGGGGACGUGUGCAAACUGACCUGCAGAGCUAAGGGCACCGCCUACUACGUGGUGUUUUCUCCAAAGGUGACCGAUGGAACGGAAUGCAGGCCGUACAGCAGUUCCGUCUGCGUCCGGGGGAAGUGUGUGCGAACUGGCUGCGAUGGCAUCAUCGGCUCAAAGCUGCAAUAUGACAAGUGUGGAGUGUGUGGAGGAGACAACUCCAGUUGCACAAAGAUUGUUGGAACCUUCAAUAAAAAAAGUAAGGGUUACACUGACGUUGUGAGGAUCCCCGAAGGGGCAACCCACAUAAAAGUCCGACAGUUCAAAGCCAAAGACCAGACUAGAUUCACCGCCUACUUAGCCUUGAAGAAGAAAAACGGUGAGUACCUUAUCAAUGGAAAGUACAUGAUCUCCACUUCGGAAACAAUCAUUGACAUCAAUGGAACAGUGAUGAACUACAGUGGCUGGAGCCACAGAGAUGACUUCCUGCAUGGGAUGGGCUAUGCCGCCACAAAGGAAAUUCUAAUAGUGCAGGUGCUCGCAACAGAUCCAACUAAAGCGCUAGAUGUCCGUUACAGUUUCUUUGUUCCCAAGAAGUCCACUCAGAAAGUAAACUCUGUCACUAGCCAUGGCAGCAAUAAAGUCGGAUCGCACACCUCACAGCUGCAGUGGGUGACAGGCCCGUGGCUUGCCUGUUCUAGGUCCUGUGACACAGGCUGGCACACUCGGACGGUGCAGUGCCAGGACGGAAACCGGAAGUUAGCCAAGGGAUGUCUUCUCUCUCAGAGGCCUUCCGCAUUUAAGCAAUGUUUGCUAAAGAAAUGUUAGCCUGUGGUUAUGCUCUGAGGCAGAGAUAACUGGAUGAUUGAUCACUCCACCUAAAGCACAGAAAGUCACACUUCAGUGUCAUUGUCAAUAUGAGUCCAAUUAUGGGCAGAAUCUGCUCUCCGCGACCAAAAGAAGAUGUGCACUAUUUCAUGUGACAGUGGUGACCCUGGAAUAUAGAAGAACUUGGGAGUUUGCAAACAUCCUCUGGGGCUCUGGGAAUGAAAAACACUGAUGAAUGUAGAAUCAGGCGACAUAUGACAAUGACAGAACAACAGUCUCCCCUUGUCACCUACCUCUUACAAAAUGUCUUCAAAGACAUUGUAAUCAUUUUCACCCACAACACACAGUAGCUUCUUUUUACUGUUUGUAAAUACAUUCUCCCUUGAUGUGUCACUUUAUAUCACUUGGUUCUAUUAAAAAUAUAUAU